GGGAUUAAAACUAAAAUUUAACAAAAGAAGUAAUUACAUAGAACAUGUGAAAAUUGAGAUUUUGUGGAUCUUUUUUUUGUUGAAAAAGAAAGGUUUCACUUUCAGGUGGGAGAGAGAGAGACUUACAAGGAAAUAGAGAAUUUGGAGAUACAGAAACCGGACCUGCUUCCGUUCGACCUCAGCCCUCUCUUUCUCUGCAACUCCGAAUCAAAACCGCCACUUAUGGCGGCGCUGAACCGCUUCGCCGGAGYAAGGGCCGCGGCCACCGUCUCUUCCUCCAUGUUAAGCUAUGUUCUAUGGAAGGCCUUUUCUGCUUCCUCUGUAAACUCCGAAGUUGACCUCAAAUCUUCGCUGCUGAACCAGAGCUCUCUCCCUCUGCGGCGUGAUCAUCCCAAGGAUAGGAAUGUGCAGUGGGUUUUUCUUGGGUGCCCUGGGGUUGGGAAAGGAACCUAUGCGUCUCGGCUCUCCAGUUUUCUCGGUGUUCCUCACAUCGCUACUGGAGAUCUCGUCCGCGAGGAGCUCUCCUCCUCUGGUCCUCUCGCUUCUCAGCUUACAGAGAUUGUUAGUCAAGGAAAAUUGGUUUCAGAUGAAAUUAUAAUUAAUUUAUUAUCCAAACGUCUUCAAGCUAGUAAAGCUAAGGGUGAAUCGGGCUUUAUUCUUGAUGGUUUCCCUCGAACUAUCAGACAAGCGGAAAUAUUGGAGGGGGUCACUGAUAUUGAUUUAGUGAUUAAUCUAAAGCUUCGAGAAGAAGCACUGCUCGCAAAAUGCCUUGGUAGGAGAAUAUGCAGCGAGUGCGGAGGAAAUUAUAACAUUUCUUGUAUUGACAUCAAGGACAAGGAAGGCAGGCCUGAAUUGUACAUGGCUCCCCUUCUUCCUCCUCCCAACUGUGCAUCUAAACUUAUCACACGGUCGGAUGAUACUGAAGAAGUUGUUAAGGAACGACUCCGAAUUUACAAAGAAAUGAGUAAAUAAAAUUGUCAGAAUUGAGUAGUGGGAACACUCGUAUACUUCUAAUAGUGUAGUUUCCUAGUGAGUGAGUUAUUAGAAUUCUGGGUUAGAGAGAGAGCAGCAUACAUUCUGAAUGGUCGUCGGAGAAAUUAUUUGAGGGGCUCGAACAACAUGGCGAGUAGACUCAUACCAUUUGAUGUAUGAGGCAGAAAUUAAAAACUACGGGUUGAUCAUGCAUCUAUUCGUUGCGAUGAGGAUAGUUAGGAGGGACAGUUACGCUGUAGUAGCCACAUUGAAUAAUUUUUCUGGUCUUGGAGCUUUGAUUUGAUGGUGGCGAUAUCUAGUUACGAAUGGUCCGUGCAUAUGGGCCAAUAGUGAUUGUGCUUCAGAGUCGAAGUUGUUCUGGGCAGAUAGCAGCUACCAAUAGUAGAUGAAAUGAAUUGAUAUUUUGAUUAUGUUAAUUAGAACAGUAAUCAAAUGUCCUAUUAAAUUCAGUGAAAAGUAAAUAAAAUYGUAGUUGAAAUA